AGCGGCAUGCAGCGGCAGUAGGUGCUGUCCCAUCAUCAGAUCACACCCAACGGGGCUGCAGCGCACCGCUCCUCCGGCACCAACACCAUGACACCCAGAUUCAAAACCGCAAUCUGAGCCCUGAGCACCGAGGACGGAACCAGCGGAGGACUGUGAGCUGCAGAAGUGGACACAUACGAGCACACACACACGUACGCACGCACACACACACGCACGCACGGGGGAGACGAAUAUUGCAGCGAGCAUUAGCCAGAAAAGACAGGGACGCCGACAGAGGCGAACUCCACUGCGCCGCGGAUUUGCGCUUUCCGCUCCAGAGACGCGUCCCGCUCGGACAGCCGCAAGAAAAUUCACUCCCCGUGAGUCAUUUAACGCAGAAAAAUGUCAUCAUCGGGCAAGGACGCCAACAGCGGGCAUUACGCCAACUAUGUGGGACCGUACCGCUUGGAGAAGACGCUGGGCAAAGGACAGACAGGUCUUGUGAAGCUGGGCAUCCACUGUGUCACGUGUCAGAAAGUUGCCAUAAAGAUCGUCAACAGAGAAAAGCUCAGCGAGUCUGUCCUUAUGAAGGUGGAGCGGGAGAUAGCCAUUCUGAAACUCAUAGAGCAUCCUCACGUUUUAAAGCUGCAUGAUGUCUAUGAAAAUAAGAAGUACCUGUACCUGGUGCUGGAGCAUGUGUCUGGGGGAGAACUGUUUGACUACCUGGUGAAAAAGGGCCGGUUAACACCUAAAGAGGCCAGAAAGUUCUUCAGACAGAUCAUCUCAGCCCUGGACUUCUGCCACAGCCACUCCAUAUGCCACAGAGAUUUGAAGCCUGAGAACUUGUUGUUAGACGAGAAGAACAACAUCAGGAUAGCAGACUUUGGCAUGGCGUCUCUGCAGGUCGGGGACAGUCUGCUGGAGACCAGCUGUGGAUCUCCGCACUACGCCUGCCCAGAGGUUAUCAGGGGAGAGAAGUAUGACGGGAGGAAAGCAGAUGCAUGGAGCUGUGGAGUUAUCCUGUUUGCACUUUUAGUGGGCGCCCUGCCUUUCGACGAUGACAACCUGAGGAAUCUUUUGGAGAAGGUGAAGCUGGGAGUUUUCCACAUGCCUCACUUCAUCCCUCCAGAUUGUCAGAACCUUCUGCGCGGUAUGAUCGAGGUGGAUGCCGGCAAAAGGUUCACGUUAGAGCAGAUCCAGAAGCACACGUGGUACCUAGCUGGAAAGAAUGAGCCUGAGCCCGAGCAGCCAGUCCCCAGGAAGGUGGCCAUCAGGAUGCUCUCUGCGACCGAGGAGAUCGACCCAGACGUCCUGGAGAGCAUGCACUCCCUGGGCUGCUUCCGAGACAAGGAGAAACUGACCAAAGACCUGCUGUCUGAGGAUGACAACCAGGAAAAGAUGAUCUACUUCCUGCUGCUGGACCGUAAGGAGAGGUAUCCCAGCCAGGAGGACCAGAACCUGCCGCCACGCAAUGAGAUUGCAGACCCUCCAAGGAAGCGCGUGGACUCUCCCAUGCUGAGCCGUCACGGCAAACGGAGACCGGAGAGGAAGUCCAUGGAGGUGCUGAGUGUCACGGAGGGAGGGUCUCCCGUACCGGUGCGACGAGCCAUCGACAUGGCAACCCAUGGUCAGAGAUCGCGGUCGAUCAGCGGCGCGUCCUCCGGUCUGUCCACCAGUCCUCUCAGCAGUCCAAGGGUGACCCCCCACCCCUCCCCCAGAGGGAGCCCUCUCCCCACCCCCAAAGGCACCCCGGUGCACACGCCCAAGGACAGCCCGGCUGGCACGCCCAGUCCGACGCCGCCACCCAGCCCCUCCAUCGGGGGAAUGCCCUGGAGGACACGCCUCAACUCCAUCAAGAACAGCUUCCUGGGCUCGCCACGGUUCCACCGCAGGAAAAUGCAAGUUCCCACCCAGGAGGACAUGUCCAGUCUAACUCCAGACUCUUCUCCAGAACUGGCUAAGAAGUCUUGGUUCGGUAACUUCAUCAACCUGGAGAAGGAGGAGCAGAUCUUCAUCGUGAUCCGAGACAAACCUCUCAGCUCCAUAAAGGCAGACAUCGUCCAUGCCUUCCUCUCCAUCCCCAGUCUGAGCCACAGCGUCAUCUCUCAGACCAGUUUCCGGGCGGAGUACAAGUCCACUGCCGGUCCGACGGUUUUCCAGAAGCCAGUGAAGUUCCAGGUGGACAUCACCUACACCGAGAGCACCAGCGCCACCAAGGACAACGGCAUCUACUCCGUCACCUUCACCCUGCUCUCAGGUCCCAGUCGACGUUUCAAGCGCGUGGUGGAGACCAUCCAGGCCCAGCUGCUCAGCUCCGACCAGCCCGGCAUCCAGCCCCAGAUAUCUGGCAGCCCGUUGAGUAACUUCUUUGACGUAAUUAAACAGCUUUUUUCAGACGAGAAGAACAUCCAAGCGUCUCACUCCCCUGGCGCCCCCGCCACGCCUAGCUCCCCUGCCAAGCAUGCCCCCAGCAGCAAGCCCAGCCAGCCCCCGCCCAAUGACUCUAAAUGCCCCCCGGGCAAAGACAAAACAAAGAUGGCCGCCAGCAACAGGACACAGGAACAACCUUAAGGAGCGGUAGCUGUGCAUGACUAGAUGAAAGCAGUUAUCAGGUCACUAAACAAGAGAACGACAGGAGAGCUGCCAACUUAGCCCUUUAGUUCGGAGUGAAAACAAAAAAAGAAAUCUACUUUUUGCCUAUACAUUUUGUACUCUAUAAUGGGAAUGGCUAUUUCAGUUUAAAAGUUGAUCAGUAUUUUACAGUAAGUAGCAAAUGUAGCUUUGUUGUCCCUACCUUCUGUCCCUCUCUGCGUCCUCGGGGGUCUUUCAGUGGGUGUGUGUCCUCCUCACAUGUGUGAUGGCUUGACUUGUCUCUGCCACCAGGGAUCAUCCAUAAUAGCUAUUAACCUCUUCGAGACCGGCCGACAGCGGCCCGCUCGCGGCAUGCCGCCACCGAGAGUCCGAAACAGAAGAAAAGACAGAGGACCCCUUCCCUUUGUCACUUCACUUCCUCCCCCCCUCUUCAAAUCCUUUCUCCAGCUGCAUCCGUAGAGUCCACUUCUCCCCGCCACAAGACCAAACCGACACAUCUCAGAAGAGUUGUAAAAAGAAAAAAAAAGCCUUAAGACAGUGAUGUUUGUCUACACAUACAUCCCCCCUCUUCUUUUGUCUUUCUUCUAUUUCUCCCACAUGUACAUAAAAUGAAAUUAAAAAAACACACAUACUGUAUGUACUCAACACAAACAUGACUUCUUUGCGGGAUGUAAUGACUUGCACACGCUGACAAACAGGAAGCAGGAGCGGUGGAAGAAGAAGCGGAGACGCACGGGCGAACGCUGGCUGGAUUGUAAUUCUUUUUAAUGUUGUCUUUCUUUGUGAACGGCAGGAUUUCUGAGCUCUCUCUGUGACGUUUCUGUAAAUGGGUUCCUGCAGAUAAAAGGCUGCCCAUAAAAGUAUGAUAAAGGGGGCGGGAGGGGAGGUGAUAUUAACAUAAAUGAAUGAUCUAUUCUGUUGUACAGAUUAAAUAAUGUUACGUAUGUACAAAAAGUGUAGUUGUGACAUUAUGUUUUAGAGUUGUGUUUCCAUAUUUUGUUUUGUAUUCCUGUAAACGGCCUGGUCACACCGGCAUUUAACACGGCGAGUUUUCACAGAGAAAUCAAUUCAUUCCAGAGAAAUCGCUGCAAGCUUGAGGCGCAGUAAAUUCGUGCAAAUAUUUUCAUUCAACUUUGGUGAACACACACAUUUGCGUUGUUGACCAAAAGCAAGCCGUCUCUCGACAGCACUGAGCUUUGAGGAAACAGAGCUUGAAGAGUCCAAAAUGGAGGAAGCUAUCGUAGCUUGUUAGCUGGAACGUCACCAUCAACCUUUAUUUAACCUCCUUAGUUGGGAGUACACAACAACAACAGGAAUUGUUUGUAGGCAGGAGGCGAUGGUACAAAUACGUCCUUUUAAAAAGAGCUCAGUACAAAGAAAAUAAGAAAGAUGCUCAAAUGUAAUGCGGAUAAUGUGACCGAAUAACGCUCACAUGUUCCAGCGGGCUAGCAUGUUUGUGGUUAUCUCCCCAGCUUCCUCUGAGUUAUUAAGCCUCUAGAAGAAUAGAGAGCCAAUUUCGCCCCACGGGACGUUAUUUUGGCAAAAGUAUGUAUUUUGUUUGAAAGUCUGUCGUAAAACAGUAAAGUAACAUUUAGGCUUGUGUGAAACUGCUCAAUGAACUACAUUUCUCGUCUUGCCAAAUAUACUAGGUAACAAGCUGGGACUACUGACGUUAGCUUCAGUCACUGAGAGAAACAGUUAUGACGUCACAAACGUGACUUUUGGGCUUGUGGUCUGUACGUAUUUUCAGUUUUAUGACAAACUGCUACUUUCUUGACUUUCAAAUUGACAAACGUAUGUAAAAUUCAGGGCCCAAUUUAAAAGAAUUUUAGCUAUGACUGAAGCUAAUGUGAAAGAGCUUCCGUGUAUAGAUGAUGUGAUGAAAGGACCAGAAAUCCUUGGAUUAAACACAUCGGGUGAGAUACAUCUGUGCGUGGUUCCUAGCUAGUGGCAAGCUAGCAAUGACCGUUAGCUUAGCAUUAUAGAGAUAACAUGUUGGUGACAUAUGUUGUGUGAGACGAGAGCUGUUUUUCACACAAAACUAAAUGUUACUUUACUGUUUUAAGACAAACUGAGACUCUCUUGACUUUAAUUAUCUUUUAAAUUGACAAAUGUGUGAAGUUCAGGGCAGAAUUCAAACAGAGAAUUUUAAAAAGUCUCUCGCCAUUGACUACCACAUAUUUUUUUCCAAAGUAACGUCCCAUGGAGGUCUGCGGACUUAGGUUCUCUAUAUAUUUCACAAAGACCCAGAUUAAUUUCGCCGUGCCACUUUCUGGUGUGACCAGAUCGUACAUGUCUCCUUUUCCUUUUGCACUUUUGAAAAGUGAAUCAGAUUUGGGUUCAGUUACACCAUGUCAGGGCAUUUUUUAUUAUAAUUUCUACAAUAUUGAACUGCUGUGUAUAUAUUUUUGUACUUUAUUGUAUUGUCAUUUUUUUGUUAUUAAUUUAUUCUCAGUUAUUUAUAAGAAAGAUGUAGAGAAUGUUUUCUUAAGGGUCAAAUUAUUUAAGGAUAUUUUUGCCAUGUUUAAGUUAUUUUAACAGCGAGAAAAAUCUCGUUUGUGAGCGUUCGUUUCCUUUUUCCCGGCUUUUUUGACGAGAGAAACCUUGUAAUAUACGUUUUUGAAAAAUUAUUUACCGUAAUUUAAGAAUGUAGACGUAGCCUCUUUGAGAGGAACAAACCCUUUUGUUGAUAAUUGUCGGCUCCUUCUCCCCCAUCGUGUGUAUGAUGACUCAGAUCUCACCAAACACUCUGUAAAUAAGCCGAGUUUACUGACAAGCUUAUUUAAAAAACCAAGGGGACUCCUAAUCUUAGCUUUGACCUCGUACGGUUGUUUGCAUGUUCAGCAUUCGUCUUUUCUUUGCAUGUUGUUGUUGGAAUUGUUCUCCUGUUCCCUUUUUCUCUCUCCAAAAUUAUUUAUGUAUUUAUGUUCUUUAUGUGCAUUUGUUUUAAUUUGCCUUUUGAUUUUUUAUUUUAUUUAAUAUUUUCCCGCCGUCCUCUUCCUCCUUUUUGAUUACUGUCUACACACAGUAACCGUGCAACGCAUCCUCCUUACUCAUUCUCUCAAAGAGGGACCUCUCUGGCGGUCGGAUCGCUCACCAGCUGGGUGGGUGUUGGGUUAUCAGAGAGAAAAAUUAAAGCAAUACCUUUCAUUGUUCGCUUUCCUCUUUUUCUACUGGGGGAAUCCAGAGCACACAGAUUGGACUCGGAGCACGGAGCGCUACUACUGAGCAGGAUAACCACUGGCAAUGUAUUCCCUUGUGAUGUUACUGUGAACAACUUCAGUGCUAAAGGAAAUAAAUCUGUUGACUUUGGA